CUCAUCGUUUCCAAGGGACAACAAAUGAGCCCUGAUGUCUCCACGAAGGAGUCUGCUGUUAUAUAAUAGCUUUAUGCUGAAGCACGUGAGACAAGGACCCUAGAAAACAUAUAAUAAUAAUAUGACAGAAGAUGGGGGAUUGGAACUUAUUAGGGAGUAUUUUAGAAGAAGUCCACAUUCAUUCCACCAUCGUGGGGAAGAUCUGGCUCACCAUCCUCUUCAUUUUCCGCAUGCUUGUGCUCGGCGUGGCGGCUGAGGACGUGUGGGACGACGAGCAGAGUGAGUUUGUCUGCAACACGGAGCAACCCGGCUGCAAGAACGUCUGCUACGACCAGGCCUUCCCCAUCUCCCUCAUCCGGUACUGGGUGCUGCAGAUCAUCUUCGUGUCCUCGCCCUCUCUGGUCUACAUGGGGCAUGCUUUGUACCGUCUGAGGACCCUGGAGAAGGAGAGGCACAGGAAGAAAGCCUGUCUGAAGGCUGCGCUGGAGAGCACGGACCCCUUGCAGCAGGAGGACCAUAAGAGGAUCGAGCGAGAGCUCAGGAAGCUGGAUGAACAGAAGAAAGUGAGGAAGGCUCCUCUGAGAGGCUCGUUGCUCCGCACAUAUGUUUUCCACAUCUUAACCAGAUCUGCGGUGGAGGUGGGUUUCAUUAUCGGUCAGUGUGCUCUGUACGGCAUCGGUCUAUCCCCUUUGUACAAAUGUGAGCGGCUGCCCUGCCCCAACAGUGUGGAUUGUUUUGUGUCCCGGCCAACAGAGAAGAACAUUUUCAUGAUCUUCAUGCUGGUUAUUGCUGGAGUGUCCUUGAUCCUCAACCUCCUGGAGAUUUUCCACCUGGGGGUGAAGGAGAUCAAACAGAGCCUGUAUGGAUACAAAUAUGGAGACGAUGAGAGCAUGUGCCGGUCUAAGAAGAACUCCAUGGUGCAGCAGGUGUGUUUGCUCAAUAACUCCUCUCCGCAGAGGCUGAUGCAGCUCACUCAGAUGACCUGCUCUGCUGGCUCUGAUGCCCAAAGGGGGAGUGUGGCCCCUCACAAUAAGGAGGGCUCCAACAGCCAGCAGCCUGCACACACAUACCUGCAGCAUGUCCAUUCAGUGGACAACAGGAAGCCAUCCUGCAGCAGUGACGAGUCCAAUGAAGCGCACGGCUCAGGCCGGCCCCAGUACGCCGGCCCCCGACCCACACUGAUGGCCGGACACAUGGAGAUCCCCGCCGCCCUGAGGAAUGCCCAGAGGAAGCAGAGCAGAGUGAGUAAGGAUUACAGCGACAUGAGCGACUCUCCGGAGAGCGACCACUACCCCACAGCCAGGAAGUGCAGCUUCAUGUCCCGGGACCUGUCGGACGGCAUGCUGGCCUCCACGUCGGACAGCACCGGCUCCCAGAGCGGGGCAGACUUGGAGGCCCAGCACCUGAACCAGGGGGAGAGCCCAGCAGUGACCCCCCCACCCCCAGCCAGCGGGAGGAGGAUGUCUAUGAGCAUGAUUCUGGAGCUGUCUUCAAUCAUGAAAAAGUAGAUUGAAAAUCACCGUUUUGUGGCCCAGCUGGAGACAUACAGAAGUUCAAAAGCGACAGAGGGAUCCUGAUCCCAAAGAACACUUCAACAUUUUCUUAAUGUUCAAUACUAAUGAUAUCUUCAGCACCUGAUACUUUUAUAUUGGUCAUUUGCAAGCCACUUGCUUAAUCAAAUAUGAAUCAAAUGUAUAUUUGGCUUAAAGCAUAAUAUCUCAUAUAAUGAGACCAAAAGCCUGUUGAACAGAUUGGCUAUGUGACUGAAGAUUGUCAUUUAAGAUUGUGGCAUUGGCAACCACAAAUGAAGAAGAGGGAACUCUCUUCUCAACUGUU